GUCAUUUAUGGCUUCCAAUUUUUGUCUGCAACUUUUUAAUAAAACAAUGAAGUGAAAGAUGAUGGGAGAUCAGUUUCGGAAAGUUGAACAAUAUUCUCCAAAAUCGUCGCCAAGAGGGGCCAGGUCCCCCGUCGUAUCACGUCAAGAUUCUUCGGGAACAUUAAAAACAACAAUUUUGCUAGGAAAGAAUCCCUCCAUAGUCCCUAGUGGACCUUUCUAUUUAAUGAAAGAACCACCCGGAGAAUCGGAGCUAACAGGAGCCACAAAUUUGAUGACAUAUUAUGGCUUGGAACAUUCCUAUAGCAAAUUCAGUGGUAAAAAGUUAAAAGAGCAGUUAUCUUCAUUUUUACCCACUUUACCUGGUGUCAUAGACUCCCCAGGACAACAAGACAAUAGUUCCUUAAGAUCUGUUAUUGAAAAACCACCAGUAGGUGGUAAGGAGCUUCUUCCACUUUCCAAUAUCCAAUUAGAUGGAUUUCGACUUCACCCUGGACCUCUUCCUGAGCAGUAUCGUUAUGCCAAUGCAGCCCCCAUAAAGAAACACAAAAACAAGCAUAAAAAACACAAUAAACACAAGGAAACAGGCCUACCUAGUCAAGAAACAGCUGUAUCUGACACAAAUAGUGAAACUCAUGAGAAGAAACAUAAAAAGCAGAAGCGGCAUGAUGAAGAAAAGAGAAAGCGGAAAAAGGAGAAGAAGAGGAAGAAGCAAAAGCAUAGUCCUGAACACAGUGCUGGUCUUACACCUAGCCAGCAUUCUAUCUAGAUAGGUUUUAAUAUCUUGUAUAGUUAAGCAGAAAGGUUUUUUGCUUUCAGUUGGAAAUCAAGGAAUUAAAAUUGGUAAUAAAAUAUAUUUUAGAAACUGGAAUGUGAUGCACAUGAUUAAAGAAAGAAACUAAGGCCAGCCCUGUAUCAACACUGAAUGUGCAUAUUUUCUAGAAUUCAAUUAAUGUUUUCAGUAUCCACCAUACAAAAUAUGGAAUUAUGUGAAAUAUAAUUGAUAAAUGAUAACACAUUUAGAUACAAUUGAUCAAACUUGAUUGAUAAAUUAAUAAAACUAACACAAAUUGUGUGCUCCACAAAUCUGUUUUUUUGUUCAAGUAUUAGGCUUGUUGAAAAGUUAUUGGAGCAGAAAGGAAAACUAGUUAUGGGUAAAAAAAAUGGCCAUCCCUAAGUUGGCUGCAAUAAUGUCUUCAUUUGAAACAAACAUCUCACAAUCAUUUCAUUUACUUGAUUUGUAUAUUUAUUAUCAAAAAUAAUAUUCGUUAAAAUAUUAGUUACUGCAGAGUAAUUUCUUCUAAAUAGGAUAAAAUAUAAAACUGUUUUUAUUGCAAAUCGAAAUAAACAAAUGUGAAAUUUAAAAAAAUGCAUUGAUUUGUGCAUAGAUUCACAUGCAACUGAAUACUGAAAUGCUGCACAUUUUGAUAACGAUUAGUACCAGUAUCAUAUUUAUAGAUCAUAAAAAUAAUAACGAUACAAUUUAUAUUUCCGAGAUUUAGUCAUAAAUAUAGUUGAUAAUA